AUGUACAGUUACUGUAAAUAAUGGAGGAGCUGCACAUUAUAGUCAAGUUAAGGUCGAUUUGCGUGUUCCUGUCAAAGCCCCGUCUGUAAAGUCCUUGCCCGUGAAAGUUGCUUGCAGAAACAAGACUGCCAAUGGAGAUUAUCGGAAGGAGCACAGAGAGAGGAGUCGCAGCCCAAUAGAGAGGGCUGCUGCCCCAACAAUGAGCCUUCACGCCAAUCAUGUGUAUGCCUCAAUCCCAAGCUUGACCAUGGAUCAACCUCUAGCACUGACCAAAAACAGCAUGGAUGCAACCCGAACAGUCGGCAUCACACCUACACUGACUUCUGUGGAACGGCAGCAGAACCGUCCGUCUGUAAUCACCUGUGCUUCUGCGAACAACCGGAACUGUAACCUCUCUCAUUGCCCCAUUGCUCACAGCGGCUGCGGCUCGGCAGUGCCUGCCUACAGGAGACCCUCGAGCACUACCACUGCCUGUGACCCAGUGGUGGAAGAGCACUUCCGCCGAAGCCUGGGCAAGAAUUACAAGGAGCCUGAGCCAGUGGCAAACUCCGUGUCCAUCACGGGAUCGGUUGAUGACCACUUUGCCAAAGCACUUGGGGAUACGUGGCUUCAGAUCAAAGCUGCGAAGGAUGGAGUCUCCAGCAGUCCUGAGUCUGCUUCCCGGCGGGGCCAGUCUUCCCCCUCCUCUCAUAUGGUCAAUCAUAAUCACUCGCCCUCCGUAGUCUCCUGAAGAGAGGACCGUUACGUUUGUGAAUUUGCAUGGUUUGACUGAGCUUUGAACAGUGCUUAAAUAGUGUUGGGGGAGGGGAGAUUAGUUUUCGACACAUGUUUUUUGUGUACUCACUUUUUGUUUGUAAAAGGGUGCCCUUAAAGAUGAUAGCAGGAACUAUUUCAUAAAGAUUCAUACAAUGUAGCAUCCUUUUUUCCUGCCUCAAUUACCAAAGAAACCUCUGAUGCAGAUCUGCUGCCCCUUAAAAAAAAAUAAUGCACGCUAAUCCACAAAAGCCAUUACACUUAGUUGGUUGACCCAAAUGCUUUUUGCUUGUAUUAGCUUCUCGAGACUAGAAUUUGUCUGGUUUGCUUACGUUGCGCCUUUUUUGUUUUGGGUUGUUUUUUUUUUUUCCCUCUGUGAAGUAAUUUUGUAUGUAUAUACUUGAAAAGAACUGUCAUGUAUGAUUUGCACUAUUGGAGGAGGACUGAAGUUGCACAGCAACUUUCUGGAAGACGCUAAUAUUUUGAGGGCAAACUGCUGAAAAAAGGGUUUAAGGAUGACAUUUCUAUCAGUUUGAUUUUUCUUAAAGCAAAACAGCUUUGGAAGGGGAAGUCUCAUACAGGUUAUAGGUCUUUCUCUCUUUAGAUUUCAGGUGCUUAGUGCUUGCAACUGGACUGCAUAAUUUACAGAACACGGGCAUUUUUUCCUAAACACUGCAGUUUGUUAGAAUAGAGCUGAGGUUGGAGGGUUCAAUAGUGCUUAACGAUGCAUGUUUUAUGAAAAAUAGCUGGUAUCUAUUAAUGUAUAGACAGUAAGAAUCAAUACUUAUUAGCUUUUCUUCAGAAUUAGUUUAUUUUUGUCAGUAACAAUCCUAGAUAUACUUACUGCUGGUACAGUUGUACUCUAUGAUAUUUGUAUUUGAUAUUCACUUUAGUAGCAGCCAGCAAAAGAGGACAGCCUCAGGACAGGCCUCAAGUGACGCAGUUUAGAGAUACACGAUGCGUGGUACAGGAUGCUAUAGCUUUGCGCAUGACUGAGUAAUUGUUUCUGUCUGCAGCGCUGUCUGCUCAACAGGAAUUUGCUUCCUAAAACUAAGUCUGUGUAAUCCACCUUGAACUAGCUGCAGAAACUGCUACUGUUACGUAUCUUGGCUGGACAACAGAUUGUUACAGUUUGUGAAAUAGGAUCUUUAAUUUUUUUUAAGCUUAUUCAUAAACCUAUGCCAAGUUGCAGCAUACAUUCCUCCAUUAGAGAACUUUAUACAGGUAUUACUGCAUUUAUUAUCAUUUGCUAUAUUAAUAGCUACUAACUAGAAAUUAGGCAGUAGAGGCAGGCGUAAAACCACAGCUGUGCUAGUACUAAGAGCUUCUCUUCUUCUUGUUCAGUGUAACUACUCUCCCCCGUACAUUCCAUCUUCCCAGUACAGUUGCAACUAGGGCUUUUUUUUUAUACUGGGUUACCUGAAAUGAUUGGUUCUGUGUAGAAAGUUUGAACUAGUUGGAAGAUGAACUACACGUGAUGUAUUAUGGACUACGUUACAGUAUUUGGUCCAUUGUGGCUUUUAUUUUAUGGUUUUUUUUAAAGUUAAGCUAUUUAAUUUGGAAAAGGUGCAGGGUAGAAAGAGAUCGGGAGAUUGGCUCUUACUCAUGUUGAGAAGGUGGCUGCUCAAUUUUCUUUAAAAAAAUUUU